GUCGUAACUCUCAAGUGAUGUGCAUGUAGCGCGAUAGAAGGGACCGUCACUUUUGGUUCAGCCCAUUCGUCCGCGCGUCUACUUUUGCCAGAGAUAGUGGGAAAGAACUGGAAUUACAGGACAAUCAAGUUCGCGAAAAACUGGGAGAGGAUGAGUCGGGAAUGACCUGCCUGACUCUGAGAUAAGUGAUGGGGGAAGGCCAGGGUGGGAGGCAGUACGGGAGGCAGAAGCGAUCACCGAAGUGUGGCCCCCUUCCACUAGGACCCAGCAGAACACAGCUCACCCUCUCCCGACCCUCGGGACUCGGCCAGACCCGAGCCCGGGAGCAAAGUAUAGGGAGGGUAGAAUCCACGGCGCUGAUUGGCUGCCUGCGAGAGAGGGGCGGGGCGGGCAGAGGCUACAGGGUUCGCGAGCGGAAGACCGCGGGCGCGCACUUCCGGUCUUUGUGGCUGGCCUCUCGGGUCUGCAGCUUGGGCCCCGGCUGCUCCUAGGCUUCGCGGAAAGAAGAGAUUACUCAAAGAAACUCUGAAGCACAGAACCCACUUGUACUGAGUUUUUGCUAAGCUGUUUCAGUCCAGAAUGGCUAAGGAUUCCAGUGUAAUUUCAACUCUGAUACCUCAGGAUCAUCAGGAACAAGGAUUACUGCUAGUGAAAAUAGAAGAUAGCUUUUCCUGGAGUCCCAAAUUUAAACAGAAUGGGGAUACCCAAUCCUGCCAAGAACUGUUUCGACAGCAGUUCAGAAAGUUUUGCUACCACGAGACACCUGGGCCCCGGGAGGCCCUUUGCCGACUCCAGGAGCUAUGCUAUCAGUGGUUAAUGCCAGAGUUGCACACAAAGGAGCAGAUCCUGGAACUCCUGGUGCUGGAACAGUUCCUGAGCAUCCUGCCUGAGGAGCUGCAGAUCUGGGUUCAGCAGCAGAGUCCAAGAAGUGGUGAGGAAGCUGUGACCCUGUUGGAGGAUUUGGAGAGAGAGUUUGAUGAUCCUGGGCAGCAGGUCCCAGCUAAUCCACAGGGACCAGCAGUGCCCUGGAAGGAGUUGGCAUUUCUUGGAAGCUCCCACGAAUCAGCAAACAUCCAACUCCAGCCUUCAGAGACACAGCUGAAAUCCUGGAAACCUUGCCUUUCCCCUAGAAGUGAAUGUGAAGACAGUGAGAUAGCAGCAAAGAAGAACCUUUCAGGAGAAAAACCAGAGGCCCUCUCUCAGGACUCUUCAUUUCGAGGAAUUGCUGGGCAUGAACACAAUUUACAGUGGCAGCAAAGAAGGGCUACAGGGGAAAAAUUAAGACGAUCCCCUCCCCAUGCGAGCAGUUUUAGGCAAGUGAUUGUCACACACAAAUCUUCAGGAAAGAGAGACCAUCUUGAUGACCCUCAGAGAUGCUUGAUUUUAAAUACAAACUCUGUAACAAGUCAGAAAGUGGCUCCAGAGGAGAGACCUUACAGAUGUGAUACAUGUGGGCACAGCUUCAAGCAGCAUUCUUCUCUAACACAACAUCAGCGGAUCCAUACAGGAGAAAAGCCCUAUAAAUGUAACCAGUGUGGGAAAGCCUUUAGUUUGAGGUCCUAUCUUAUUAUUCAUCAAAGAAUCCACAGUGGUGAGAAGGCAUACGAAUGUAGUGAAUGUGGAAAAGCCUUCAAUCAGAGCUCAGCCCUCAUUAGACAUCGGAAAAUUCAUACUGGUGAAAAAUCUUGCAAAUGUAAUGAGUGUGGCAAAGCGUUCAGUCAAAGUUCUUACCUCAUUAUACAUCAAAGAAUUCACACUGGUGAGAAACCCUAUGAAUGUAAUGAGUGUGGAAAAACCUUUAGCCAGAGCUCAAAGCUUAUUAGACAUCAGCGAAUUCACACAGGAGAACGACCUUACGAAUGCAAUGAAUGUGGGAAAGCUUUCAGGCAGAGCUCAGAGCUGAUAACCCAUCAGAGAAUACAUAGUGGAGAGAAGCCCUAUGAAUGUAAUGAAUGUGGAAAGGCCUUCAGUCUAAGCUCAAACCUCAUUAGACAUCAGAGAAUUCACAGUGGAGAGGAACCGUAUCAGUGUAAUGAAUGUGGCAAAACCUUCAAAAGGAGGUCAGCCCUUGUUCAGCAUCAGAGAAUCCAUUCUGGGGAUGAAGCUUAUAUAUGUAUUGUGUGUGGGAAGGCUUUCAGGCACAGAUCAGUCCUUGUUCGCCAUCAGAGAGUCCACACUGUAAAGCCACUGACAGCAAAGCUCCUGGAGUUGUCUCAGGGCCUCCCGGGGCCCAGCAGAGUCAGAGUAGCCAAACUGCCUGAACCGCUGGCGGAAGACUUCCUGACUCUGGGAGGCUUCCUGAAGGACACAGUCCUUCCCCCAGACAUAAUUUUCUUCUUCAACCUUCACAACUCUCUUCAGGAUGUCCCUGAGGCCGAUAGUGCUCAUGUUACACAGGUGCUUGGAAAGCCCGGCACGCCCGCGGCGCCGGUAAUUGCUGCGGAAGUCGGUGGAGCGCAGGGCGGCGGAGGAAGCACUGCAAGUAUGGGCGGGCGGACUGCCGGCUGCCCAGACCAGGCCGACCGCUGGUACACCCACAGGCUCCACCCGUGGCGCAAGCAGGGCGAGGGCUUCCGAAAUAAUUUAGUAAGCACUCGGGACGGGCUGCCGGAACUCCCCACUCACACUUCCCUCUGCUGGCCGCGCGCGCCACCCCACUGCGGAGCCGGACGGCCUCCACUACGCGCACCGGAAGUGAGCCAGGGCACUGCGCAUGCGCGGCGCCGCGCCUUAGAGCUGAGCGAUCCUCCGGGGUUCCUAGAGUGGACGCGUUGCCGGCUGGUUCACCCAGUGAGAGCCUUGACAGCGAGCCGCGGGACGCUUGGAGGUGUCCAGUUGCAACCUAUGGAGAACCAAUUCAAUUAUGAAUCUCAAGAACGUCACUUUUUGUCCGAUGAAGAACCAGCAUCAGAAGAAGAAAUUACAGAAAAAAUUGAAUCAUUGACUGAAGAAUUUGGCAACUCCAGAGAGGAUGUUCUCCAGGAUUCUGAAGGCAGAGACUUCUAUAAAUUUGGGGAUAAAUUAAAUGAAAAGGAUCAGAAUCUCUUUAAAAAAAGACAGAAUAUCUGUGAUGAAUGUGGGCAAAGCUUUGCUUAUAGUACAGGCCUUAUUCGGCACCAACGAACCCACUGGGAGAAACCAUAUGAAUGUGAUAAAUGUGGAAAGGCCUUUAGGAUGAGCUCAGCCCUGGUUCUGCAUCAGAGAAUUCAUACUGGGGAAAAACCCUAUCCUUGCAAUUGGUGUAUUAAGAGUUUCAGUCGGAGCUCAGACCUUAUUAAACAUCAAAGAGUUCACACUGGUGAAAAACCAUAUAAAUGUAAUGAAUGUGGGAAAGCCUUCAGUCAGAGCUCAGAUCUUAUUAUACACCAGAGGAUCCAUACAGGAGAAAAACCCUAUCAAUGUAGUCAUUGUAGUAAAAGUUUUAGCCAGCGCUCAGACCUGGUUAAGCAUCAGAGAAUCCACACUGGAGAGAAGCCUUAUACAUGUAACCAAUGUAACAAACAUUUUAGUCAGAGUUCUGAUGUUAUAAAACAUCAAAGAAUUCACACGGGGGAGAAACCAUAUAAGUGUGAUGUGUGUGGGAAAGCCUUUAGUCAGAGCUCAGAUCUUAUUCUACAUCAGAGAAUCCACACUGGGGAGAAGCCAUACCCAUGUAAUCAGUGUAGCAAAAGUUUUAGUCAAAACUCAGACCUUAUUAAACAUCGAAGGAUCCACACUGGAGAAAAGCCCUAUAAAUGUAAUGAAUGUGGAAAAGCUUUUAAUCAGAGCUCUGUCCUUAUUCUCCAUCAAAGAAUUCACACUGGAGAGAAACCCUAUCCAUGUAACCAAUGUAGCAAAACUUUUAGUAGGCUUUCCGACCUUAUUAAUCACCAACGGAUUCAUACUGGAGAGAAACCUUACCCUUGCAAUCAGUGUGAUAAAAUGUUUAGUCGAAGGUCUGAUCUUGUGAAACAUCAUAGAAUUCACACAGGUGAAAAACCCUACGAGUGUGAGGAGUGUGGGAAAACCUUUAGUCAGAGCUCCAACCUUAUUCUACAUCAGAGAAUCCACACUGGAGAAAAGCCUUACCCAUGUACUGAUUGUACCAAAAGUUUUAGUCGGCGUUCAGACCUUGUAAAACAUCGAAGGAUACACACUGGAGAGAAACCAUAUGUGUGUAAUCUGUGCAAUAAAAGUUUCAGUCAAAGUUCAGACCUCACUAAACACCAGAGAGUACACUCUGGGGAAAAGCCUUAUCAUUGUGAUAGGUGUGAGAAAGCCUUCAGUCAGAGUUCUGACCUUAUUCUUCAUCAGAGAAUUCACACUGGAGAAAAACCGUAUCCAUGCACACAGUGCAACAGAAGUUUCAGUCAGAACUCAGACCUUACAAAACACCAGAGAAUUCACACUGGGGAAAAGCCAUAUAAAUGUAAUGAGUGUGGGAAGGCUUUUAGUCAAUGCUCAGCUCUAAUCUUGCAUCAGAGAAUCCACACUGGGGAGAAACCAUAUUCAUGUGAUCAGUGUGGCAAAAACUUUAGUCGGCGCUCUGAUCUCACUAAUCAUCAAAGAAUACAUGCUGGUGAAAAGCCAUAUAAAUGUAAAAAAACAUUCAGCGCAGACACAGGUUUUACUGAACACCAGAGAAUCCACACUAGGGAGAAGUGCUACCAGUGUGUUCAGUGCAACAUAAGUUUUAGUCAACUCUCUGAUAUUAUUAAUCACGAGAAAAUCCAUUCUACGGAAGACAGCUUGAAUGGAAUGAACAUGGAAAAAACUUCAGCAUAUACACCAACUUUAUUCAGUACUAGAGAUACCACGCCAGAACAACAGUCCUAUGAAUGCUGUUGAUGGACAUGAAAGGUUUUAAUCAAUCAACCGUUGUGGUACAUUAUUUUAAGAAGCCACUGUGGAGAAAACUAGUUCAAUUCUUAGUGAAAAUUUAGCUCAGAUCUCAGGCAUUACUAAAAUUGAAAUUUCUAAGGAGUAGUUCUAGGAGCUGUGGUACAACCUUCUAUGUGAAUAAAAUUUUUACAGAAUGUCAAUAAUCAACAAAAAUAAAUUCCUAUGUAAUACAACUUAAGGAAA